UGAAACGGAACACCAUGGAAACAUCACAUUUGCCCGUGAUCCUACCAUCAGUGAUAUACCCCCAGUUAUGACUACACUUGAACCUCAAGGGGAGCAUGAAGGAAGUAUAAUUCCUGUAUUUGGCCUGGAGGACAGAGAGAAAUCAGAAGAUGCUGCUUGUAACAGGUAUAUCUGAUUAUACCAUGGCUUCUAAUGGAAAAGACACAACUAUGGCAUCCCCAGAGCAUGGGGAGGAAGAGCAACAGAAUAUCUUGAGGAGGGUGGCCAGUCUACCUUUAGUCAACUCUGCCUGUGAUCUGGCUGCGACUGCCUAUGUUUCCACCAAGGAGAGCCAUCCCUAUGUGAGGUCCAUUUGUGACAUGGCAGAGAAGGGAGUGACCUCCAUAACCAGUGCUGCAGUUAGCAGUGCACAGCCAGUUGUAACUAAACUUGAACCUGAGGGGACAACAGAGGAGGAGUGUGUUUCUGAAGUACCUGACAAAGUGGAGGGGAAUCUACCAGUCCUUCAACAGACUGCUGAUGAGGCUACAUCUGAGACACAGGAGUUGACCUCUGUCAGUCUGGAAGAGGUCAAGGAGACCAUGAUCACAGUGGUAGAUAUGACCAAAGAGGCUGUGCAGGACAGUAUGAAGACCACCAAAUCAGUGGUAACUGACAGCAUGAGCACAGUUGUGGAAUCAAGAAUGGGCCAAUUGGCCAUAAGUGCAAUGGAAGCAGUGCUGGAGAAAUCUGAAGAGCUCUUGGAUCACUAUCUUCCCAUGACAGAUGAUGAACUAGCUGAACUUGCUGAAUCUGUGGAAGGGGCUGAAAUCUCUUCAGCACAACCGCAAGAGCAUCGGAGUUACUUCGUGCGUUUAGGUUCCCUGUCAACCAAACUUCGCCAACGUGCUUACCGCUACUCCCUAAACAAGAUGAGACACACCAGUCAAAGCAUCAGAGAGGCUCUUUCCCAGCUUCAUGAAACCAUGGGACUGAUUGAAUACCUUAAGCAAGGGGUUUCUCUUCAAGAAGUCCAGGAGAAGUUCCAUCACACGUGGCUGAGCUGGAAUAGAGAGCAGCCAAAAAGCAGUGAAAUCAAGGAUUUGGGAAAACCAGAGAUGGAGUCUGAGACCCUGGCUAUGUCCCGCAGCAUUAUCCAGCAGCUGCAGGAUGCCUGCCAGAUGCUAGUAUCCGGCAUUCAAGGUCUCCCCACCAACUUUCAGGAUAAGGUGAAACAGAUGUAUCACAACAUGGAAGAGCUUCAUGCAUCCUUCUCCACUGCCCAUUCCUUCCAGGAUCUCUCCAGCAGCCUCCUAACCCAGAGCCAGGAGAUGGUGACCAAGGCCCAGGAAUAUGUAGAUGAGCUGAUGGCAUACGUGAUGGAGACUACUCCUCUGUCUUGGGUUGUGGGACCCUUCAUCCCAUUGGGUCUCCAAGAUUUUGGAAUAACUUUUUGUGGUGAGACUGACUUUGAGGGUUAUGUAUAUCUGUGUUCUGGGGUGCUCCUUAUAUUAUUGUUCUUGGAGGGAUCGGUUUUUCAUCUGAUUAGAACACAUCUUCAAAAGCCAAAUAAGAACUCAAAGCAGGAUGUAUUCAGCAAGGUCCUCAGUCAGCUCUUAGUCCAUGCUGACCAUGGCCUGGGUUCCAUGCUUCCACCUCUGAAAAGGAGCACCACUGAAACAUCACAUUUCCCCGUGAUCCUUCCAUCAGUGAUAUACCCCCAGUUACGACUACACUUGAACCUCAAGGUGCCUGAAUCUCCAUUUUCAUAGAGGGAAAUGCACUUUCUGAAUCUUGCUUGACCACAGAAGCCCAUAUUCUUUGCAUUAAUACACUGCCAACUCCAAGAAACCAAGCCUUCCAAAGAAAGCUGCACUUCAAGCUGAAAGCCAAGACAAAACUCAGAGGGACACCUGGAAGAGUUGAGCAGGGUGAAGGAGUGUCAUCCCAGGGAUAAGAUAGGACACUGCACUAUAAUUCAGAGAUCUGAAUUGCUAUUCCUAGACCUGGCACUAACUCAUUGUGUGACUCAGGGCAAGUUAUUUCAAUGCUCUGUGCCUCCAUUUCCCAUCUGUAUAACGGGAAGAUGACACUUAUCAAGUACUUUGAGAGCUCUCGCUGUGCUUACAUUCAGUAACUAACACAAUGGGGCUCAGUCUCAGGUGGACCUCUAGGUGCUACUGGGCUGCAACUGUGAACUUCCCAGCAGGGGCACAAUCACUACAGGAGUUUGUGCAAUGUAACUCUGCUCCAUAAAAAUCCCAUGUCCCGAAAGCUGUGCCAGAUGCAACUCCUAUACUUGGAGGAAAUGAUCUAGCUGUUCUUAAAUUCCUAGUUUCUGUAAUAAUCCACAAGAAAAUGUAGGAACCCCAGAGAAUUUCUCAUGUAUGUAUAAAUUGCCUUUAACUCCCCUGGCCAUAAGAAAAAAUAAUCAGGGUUACCAGUGAUCCCCUCCACAACACACACACCACCUUGCAAAAGAAGAGAGAGGAGAAUAAACGUCAUGACUAGGUAAAGAGAUUGAGUUUAGGGUUGGACCUACCUGACCUGACACAUACUGACCUAAUCUUAAUUUCAGAUGGAUGAGUUCUAGCCUAGUCUCUUGCAAGGCUACAUCUAUACUAAGAAUAAAGAUUGCCUUGUAUUAGGCAAGCCUAAACUAAAUACAACCGCUUUCCCUAGCCAAGGCAAAUCCCAUGGAGUGUCAAAAAGAUACAUUUUUAAGAAGUAAAACCAUCUCCUGUUGGUAUAUGCCGAGCUCCCAAAUACCUUCCCCAAUUUGUCUCAAAUGUCUGAAAGAAACUCUACCCUGUCAUAAGAGAAAUGUCACACAACUUGGUUUAUUUCUGGUAAAUUUAGUUCAAAGACUUGUGCACAUGCUUAACUAUUCAAAGGGAGGACUUUA